AUGCGCUGUCUGACAGCUUCAAGACAUCGGCUAAAGACUUUAUUAGGAUGGCAUCGCGAUCUCGAUUUCGCCGAAGAAGCCGGCGAGUACUGCUGUAAGGACCAUUUCUCUGAAGACACUGGCUGCAGUGACCACUUCAUGAGCUUUCAAGCAAAAUUCUCUCCCACUGGAUACGGCAGAGUGGUCCAUGGCUCAAUUUCAAAGCUCAAACCCACCGAGUUAAAGCACGUCUGCCGUUCGACAGAAGGCCUGCUUGCUCUCGAGAUCCAGGACAGCAUCUAUCGCUUCUUGCUCGGUUGCGCAAAGUUGAUUCUCCACGACAUCCAGCCUGCCGAGUUCUGCACGGCGCCGCACCAGCCAAUGCCUGAGAUGCCGCGACCGGCCGGCGGAGAGGCCUACAAAUCGCUUUCUGACCACUCAUUGGAAGCUCCCUAUCGAACACCGUACAAGCCUGAUCUCGAGCGCCUGAAGAUGCUGUUCGAGAGUCGACGCACAUCUGCGGAAGACCAUAUUUGGCUACUCCGCGAAGACCCGUCAUACUUUAUGGAUUCGCUGCGGGAGUGGAAAGAACAUGGCGGCAGCGAGAAGAUGUGCUAUUGCCGAGACUGUUGGAAUCGCGAAGCGGGUCGGUUGGUCACGGACGCUUUCGUUUCAUACAUCUUCUUUGAUGACAUCUAUAGAAAGUUGUCGAAGAUGGACCCGAUCGAUGUGCAGCUCAAGCGCGUUGACGACAAGAAAGUGCGCCUCAAUACGAACGACGAGAACCAGUGGACCGCGCUGGUGGAACUUAUUGAACAUGCGCUUUUCAUGCCGCUGGACUCGCUGCAAGAUGGCCUGCCAACGUCGCCACGGCUUCGUAACAGAUAUUCAUGGACCGGCCCAUCAGGCAAGGAGCAAUGGCAUAUGAAGAGCAGAUCAUCGAAGGCCGAGUAUCGCGUGGAUCGCCUGUUCUUUGCUCUCUUCAGCGACGAACAGCGUGGAAUGCAUGGCUUCGACGCUCUGAUUCAGGAGGUAUGAUAAUAUAGCAGAGAAGCUAUCCCCAUCGUAUCCCUUAUGUCUUGGCUACCGGAGAGUCUCUGUAGCCUGGUGUCUCGCUGCAGCGUUGCGGAAGAAAUUUGCUGACAUCCUGCCGUUCUAUAUGACAGGUCCAAUAUAUGAUCGAGAGGGAUUCCGAAGCCUCACAAUACAUUGAUGCAUGGAUCGCCAAUCAGUUCUCGGACCUCGCCUUGCUUGCGGAGCUCAACAAGAGCAUUGACGCCUUUGCGCCAUAUUUCGACCAGAACAAGGCACAUAUGCUCAUCGCUCGGCAGCGUGCGGCAGUCGACAGAGCCAUUGAGAGAACUCGCUCUGCCGUCGUCAAGCUCGGGGCGAGCAUCAAGUUCGUCUGCUCGGCUUCUGACCUCGCCUGGGACCCAUUAGACAAAGACGAGUUCCUCUACCCGGUGGAUAAGCGUCCGACCAAGGCCAACAUCGAGCAGAUGCGAAAGGCUGAGGAGAGCUUGGACAUGUUCUGGUGGACUCUGGAUGAGGAGGUGAAGGACUUGAGUAAGAUGAGCCUCGAGAGGACACUCGACUCCAGGAUGUUCCAACCCCGAGGGAGUCUCUAUCGCACCAAGCCCUGGAAGGAGCCUAUACAGCUAUUAAGCCCCGAGACACCGCGGAAACAGGUCCUUGGUGAACUGGAUCCCAAUGUCCCCCGUGUUUUCGAAAGUGCCCCACACGAUAACGGUACCACUCCGACGAGAACUUUCAAGGAGAAGAUAAAGACUCGCGGCACGCCUGCGGCAGUAGACCCACGGUUGGACGGUCACCGUGGACCGCUAGAGCAGCUACCAACUCCCCCCGAGACACCAUCCAAACCCGCACACAACUUCAAGAUCCCCAAGAAGGCGUUCAAGAUACUCUGCGCCCUCCUGCCCUCGCCGUCCUCUGUCCUUCAACAGCGCUGCGAGAUCGCCUGGGAAGAGUUUCUCAUGGCCAUGCAGUGCAUCGGCCUCGAACCCGAGAAACUCUACGGUAGCGUAUGGAUCUUCUCGCCCAUGGAAGGCGAGCUCCUGAAGUGCGACGCUCGGAGAUCCAUUCAGUUCCACGAACCCAAGGAGGUUCGUCGGGGUCAGAAGAUUGCGAGACCGAUGGUGAGGACGUAUGGGAGGAGAUUGAAGCAUGCGUUUGGAUGGGAAUCCGCCGAGGACAUGUUUGAGUGCGAGUGA